AUGAGCCAACUCCACKGGAAAGAUGAAAUUUGAGGAUCUCUUGCUGGAAACUGGGGGCUUUGGCCGAUUCCAGAUUUURAUUUUGGCUAUGCUGUGCUUUCCAAGAAUCAACCUGCCCAUGCAUUUCCUGCUGCACAAUUUCCUUGCUGCCACCCCCACCCAUCGCUGUGCGAUCCCACACCGGGAGGAGUUUGUGAACCUCACUGCAGAGGAAAUUCUGCUCAUCAGCAUCCCUCGAGAGCCCGACGGCACCUUCAGCUCCUGCCAGAUGUUCUCACAGCCCCAGUUCCACCUGCUGCUCAACUCCUCCCUGCAGCCAGAGAACAGAUCCAUCAUCCAGCACUGCCAGCACGGCUGGGUCUACGACCACUCACAGUUCACCUCCACCAUCUCCACACAGUGGGACCUCGUGUGUGAGCAGCGUGGGCUGAACCAGGCCACAGCCACCUUCUUCUUCAUCGGYGUCACCGCGGGGGCCAUGGUGUUCGGGUACCUCUCCGACAGGUUUGGCCGCAAGACSAUGCUGCAGCUGUCGCUGGUGUGCUCCGUGCUCUGCGGGAUGCUGAGUGCCGUCUCCGUGUCCUACACCAUGCUGGCUGUCACAAGGACACUCACUGGGGUGGCCCUGAGUGGCCUCUCCCUGAUUGUCCUGCCUUUGGGGCUGGAGUGGGUGGAUGUCCAGCACCGCACCUUCACUGGGAUCCUGUCCAGCAUCUUCUGGAGUGUUGGCAACAUGCUGCUGGCCCUGGUGGCCUUCCUGGUGCGCCAGUGGCACUGGCUGCUGGUGGCCGUGACGGGGCCCUGUCUCCUGAGCAUCGUCUGCGUGUGGUUUGGCGUUGCCUUCUCUUACUACGGCAUGAGCAUGAACCUGAYGGGCUUUGGGCUGAACAUUUACCUGUCCCAGUUUGUGUUUGGGGUGAUCGAGAUCCCGGCCAAGAUGGUCAUGUACGUGCUGGUGAAUCGCGUGGGGCGGCGCCAGAGCCAGGCUUGGACCCUCAUCCUCACCGGACUCUGCAUCGGAGCCAACAUCCUCAUUCCCAAAUGUGAGCUGCUCUCCUGCAGGGGGUGGAGAAGGAGAAUGGGGGAUUUAUCCACAGGAAAUUCUAGAUCCAGUAUGAUUGAAUUACCAUCUCUUUCUUGUGAUCUGCACCUUUCCAGGCAGAAUGGGAUGGGCUACACAUCGUUCAUGGCCCGGCUGGGAGGAGCCCUGGCCCCGCUGGUGUUCCUGCUGGACGAGGUGUGGCAGUCCCUGCCCGAGGUCACCUACUGCGGGCUGGCUGUGUGCAGCGGCGCCGUGGCCUUCCUGCUGCCCGAAACGCUCAACGUGCGCCUUCCCGAGGGCAUCGAGGACAUCGAGAAGCCACCAGUGAAAGCGCCGCCAGAAGUCAGCGCUCCCGAGGUGGUGCCGCUGCAGGCUCUGCUGAAGUGA